CAUAUAUGAUUAUGUUCUGUUAGAUGUGAGACAUGGAUUCGUUGAAUAGUAUUCCUAAAAUGACUGACUGUAAUCAAGGUUCAAGACAGAUGCAUGAUGUGUGUCGUCUGAGCGUUACCAGAACUAGCAAGACCUUCCGCGACUUGACGUCCUCGACCUUCCCUUCCAACACAAUCUUAUAAAACUGAAAACUGCGACUGCAAUUCCUAACUCGUGUCUUUUGACUAACAGCAGCAACCGAGACCGACAGCAUGGCAGUCAUUGCAUGCUCCCCAUGCUCUGCGGCUGCACGGGGAACUGUUGUAUCUCAAGAUCUCGAUUUCUGACAAGGCACUCUCUUCUUACAAGUCGCACAUGGCCUCAACUCACCGCUCUUGUCCAUAACCACAUCACAACUCGCUCUGCAAACAUGCUGGACGGUAACAGCGACAGCAACGCCAAACGCCGCAUAGACUACUCGGAACAACCCAAGCACCAUCUACAGUCUGCCUUACGAAACCCACACCUACAUACCCCAUCAGCUCUUCCCCACUACACGGGAGGCACCGACACGACGACCAUACUCACAGCAAAACCUGGAACGGAGGAUUCGUAUAAAGCGUCUAUACCUACGCCGACCCGCGCUGAACCACAACCACAACCUAAGCAGUAUGCAGUUCCGCACUGCACAGCGCACAGCACGGUGCAGGCGAUGAUAAAAUACUCCACUCUGAUCUAAGCCUCAUCGCAGUCUGACCCUAAGCUAAUCCGAUCUCACUGGCUAGGCCGCACGAUGGCAAGACGCAAUCCUGCAAUAGGAAACAUACAUUCGAGACUUUUCUCACGGAGGAGCAGUUCGCCCACAUCGACCACGAUGAGCGUGGAGUACAGGGGAGCGGCGCGUGUUUCGG